CAUUGGGAGAGAGAUGGGAAGUAAUGGGUUUUAUCCACUGUUUGAGACGAGGAGAGCCAAAGGCAGAGCCAUUUAUAGGCUCUUUGCGGCGUCUGUGUUGUUGGGCAUAUGCUUGAUUUGGGUCUACAGAGUGAGACAUAUACCAAGAAAUGGUAGAUGGGGUUGGUUUGGGUUGCUCGGAGCUGAGCUCUGGUUCGGUUUUUAUUGGAUUCUCACUCAAGCCCACCGCUGGAACCGUGCCUAUAGACACACCUUCAAGGAUAGGCUCUCUCAGAGAUAUGGAAAGGAUAUGCCGGGGGUGGACAUAUUCGUGUGCACGGCGGAUCCUGUGCUGGAGCCGCCACUGAUGGUGAUAAACACAGUUUUAUCGGUAAUGGCGUAUGAUUAUCCAUCGGAGAAACUAAGUGUUUAUCUUUCAGAUGAUGGUGGCUCAGAUGUCACCUAUUAUGCUCUCCUAGAAGCCUCUCAGUUUGCCAAGCAUUGGCUGCCAUACUGCAAGAAAUUCAGAGUGGAGCCAAGGUCACCAGCUGCAUAUUUUAUCUCAAGGGAUGCCCCACUCGAUGCUAAUCAAGCUAAAGAGUUGGUCGUCAUCAAGAAAUUAUAUGCAGAAAUGGAGAACAGAAUCGAAAAUGCAGCGAAAAUAGGCCGAAUCCCUGAAGAAGUACGCUUAAAGCACAAACAAUUCUCUCAGUGGGAUUCAUAUUCUUCUCGACGUGACCAUGACACAAUUCUUCAGAUAUUAAUUGAUGGGAGAGACCCCAAUGCCACAGAUGAAGAUGGCAUUGUGUUGCCAACUCUGGUAUAUUUGGCUCGGGAGAAGAGACCCCAGCAUCACCACAACUUCAAAGCUGGAGCUAUGAAUGCAUUGAUAAGAGUGUCAUCAAAGAUUAGCACCGGGCCGAUUAUUCUUAAUGUGGACUGUGAUAUGUACUCAAACAAUUCACAUUCUGUGAGAGAUGCACUUUGCUUUUUCAUGGAUGAAGAGAAUGGCCAUGAGAUUGCUUUCGUGCAGUUUCCACAGAAUUAUGAGAACAUUACAAAGAAUGAAAUAUACAGUAGUUCAAUGAGAGUGAUUGCUGAGGUGGAAUUCCAUGGUUUGGAUGGUUAUGGAGGCCCUCUAUAUGUUGGUAGUGGAUGCUUUCACAGAAGAGACACUCUAUGUGGGAGGAAGUUCAGUAAGGGAUAUAAGGGUGAUUGGAGCACUAGUGCAAAUGAAAGAAAGAGGGAAGAAAGUGUACAUGAAUUAGAAGAAAAAUUAAAGGGUCUUGCAAGCUGUACCUAUGACAAAAACACUCAAUGGGGCCAAGAGAUGGGUUUGUUAUAUGGGUGUCCGGUUGAAGAUGUCAUAACAGGUUUAUCAAUCCAAUGCCGGGGAUGGAAAUCAGUCUACUUCAAUCCAUCAAGGAAAGCUUUCUUAGGUGUUGUUCCAGCAACACUCCCUGAGGUACUUGUGCAGCAUAAGAGAUGGUCCGAAGGUGAUCUGCAGAUUCUGUUAUCCAAGUAUAGUCCUGCAUGGUUUGCACAUGGAAAGAUUAGCUUAGGCCUUCAAAUGGGAUACUGUGUCUAUUGCCUUUGGGCCCCUAAUUCUUUGGCAGUACUAUACUACUCUGUCAUCCCUUCACUUUAUCUCCUCAAAGGCAUUCCCCUGUUUCCACAGAUCUCGAGCCCAUGGUUCUUACCCUUUGCAUAUGUGAUAAUUGUUAUGCACAUUUAUGGCUUGGCCGAGUUCUUAUGGUCUGGUGGCACGAUUCUGGGCUGGUGGAAUGACCAGAGGAUGUGGCUCUACAAGAGAACAAGUUCCUAUCUUUUUGCUGUGAUCGACACCAUCUUGAAGUUACUGGGCUUUACUGAUUCAGGAUUCAUAAUCUCAGCCAAGGUAGCUGACCAAGAUGUUUCCCAAAGAUAUGAGAAAGAUAUAAUGGAGUUUGGAAUCUCCUCUCCAAUGGUCACCAUCUUAUCAACAGUUGCAUUGCUCAACUUAUUUUGCCUUAUUGGGGUUGUGAAAGAAGCAUUCUUGGGUGAGGGUAUCAUGAGAGUUUAUAAGACAGUGACUCUGCAAUCUGUUCUGUGUGGGCUUCUGGUUCUCAUCAACUUGCCUUUGUACCAGGCCCUUUUCCUCAGGAAGGACAAGGGCAAGAUACAAAGCUCCCUAGCAAUGAUAGCUGGGUUACCAAAAUUUGCUGCAAUUGUGUUGCUGGUACUUUUGUCAACCCUGCAAGUAGUGUUUGGGAUUAGGUUUGUGAUUGACAGGGAAGAGUGCUUCUCUCAUGAUGUCAAAUAUGAAGGGGAUACGGUCCAUGUAUCUUUUGUUGUAAUUAAGGUUGAUGGAGCUUGGCAUUAUGCUCAAGAUGGCGUAGAUCUUGUGGUGAAAGGACCUACUGGCGAUCAGGUUCAUGAUUUUCGUGACAAGACAAGUGAGAAGUUUGAGUUUGUGGCUCAUCACAAGGGACUCCACCGUUUUUGCUUCGCUAACAAGUCUCCCUAUCACGAAACAAUUGACUUUGAUAUACAUGUUAGCCAUUUUACAUACUACGAUCCGCAUGCAAAAGAUGAGCAUUUCAACCCCUUAUUAGAACAGAUAUCAAAGCUGGAGGAAGCUCUAUACAAUAUUCAGUUUGAACAGCAUUGGCUAGAGGCACAGACUGAACGUCAGGCAAUAGUAAAUGAUGGAAUGAGCAAGAGGGCUGUUCACAAGGCCUUUUUCGAAUCAGCAGCACUCAUUGGUGCUAGCAUUCUCCAAGUUUACCUUCUGCGCCGGCUGUUUGAGCGGAAGCUUGGGACGUCCAGAGUUUAGAUGUGGAAUUGCCAUAGGAUAUUUAUCAAUUUGUAGAAUCAUGAAGCCAGACUCUUCCUUCAGGCUUUUGUUUGCCUUUUUGAAUUUUUGUGAUUACUCCAGGACAAAACAACAUGCAUAGAGACCGUUUUGUUUACUCUUUGGCAGCCUUGCCUUGAAGUGAUAGUGUCCUGGAGGCACAAAUACAUGUAUUUCAGCUCAACUGUGGACGUACAUUAGAUUAGCUGCCAUUUUGACCAAUCUAUGCACCAAAGGCAACCCUUAGCCACA